AUGAAUUCGACUUUAGAAAAAAUUUCAGCGGAAGACUGGCAUUAUAAAUAGAAGAGCAUUAAUAUAUCGAAAUCAUUUAUGAAUCAGAUUGUUCUGAAUUUCUUUAUUGUGGAAGGGUACAGAGAUGCUGCAAUAGAAUUUUCUAAAGAAGCUGGCAUACCAUGUAAUUCAAUAAUCUUAACUUCUAAAUAGUGUCUAAUCAAGAACUUGAUUAAAUGAUUGAGAGAAUUGAAAUUAAGAAAAAUAUUUUAGAUGGUGACAUUGACUCGGCAUUAGAAAAGGUCAACAAGAAAAAUAAUAAUUUAAUACUUUUUAAAUUGAAAACAUAAAAAUUAAUUGAGCUCAUUAAGAAAGAUUAAAUUGAUCAAGCUGUUAAAUAUGCUUAGACUGAAAUUAUACCACUCCUACCCAACUAAGUAAAUAUUUUAUCUGAUAUAGCCUCACUUAAUUGAGGAAAUAGAAUAAGCCAUUGCUUUGAUAGCAUUUUCAGAUAUUAAAAAGAGUCCAAUGAACCACCUUGUCUAAAAUUCUCAAAGAAUUAAAGUGGCUAGCGAAAUCAACCAACAUUUAUAUCAGGACUCUAUGGGAAAUGAUUAGUCUAAAUUAAGAACAUUAAUGAAAUUGCUGCUAUGGGCUUAAGAAAUAUUAAAGUCUGAGAUCUAAUAUCCCCGACUCUUGGAAAUUUCAAAAGGGCAAUUUUCUAAGGAGGAAUGACUGAAUAAUG